GAACUUCCGGCUGGUGUGGCCAUCUUGACUUCCUGACCUUGGGCGCCCGCUGGUCCUUGUCUGGUCGCUCCGCGCCGUCAUGUCUGUCCUGACGCCGCUGCUGUUGAGGGGCCUGACUGGCUCGGCCCCGGGCCUCAUGGUGCCUCGCGCUCAGGUCCACUCGAAGCCGCCGCGGGAGCAGCUCGGUGUCGGGGAAAUCGCCAUUGGGCUCACUUCCUGCUUCAUCUGUUGCCUCCUGCCUGCGGGCUGGGUUCUGUCACACCUGGAGAGCUACAAGAAGCGGGACUGAAAGGAGCUGCCCUCCCUUCAUCCUGUGACUAGACCACUCUUGCCAGCCCAUCUUGAUCAUGUUUCCUGCAUUCCUGACUGGCCUUCCCUGGGAUCAUGCCAUUCAAUUCCAGUCACCUCUUCUGCAAUCAUGGCCUCUCGAUGUCUUCAUGGUGACAACUGGGACCACAUAUUGCUUCUGCUUGGCGGGGUCCCCCUUGUAACAAUAAAGUUUAUUUAAACCUUG